AUGGAUCGCGGGCUGACCGUCGAAAACCCCUAUGCCAGCGUGAGCCUCCCUCGUGCCCAGCUGCCAGGCAGCUUCCUGAAGUAUUACCUGGGCGAGGGCUGCACCCCAGACACGGUUCUCUCUGACCCCAGCAGCUGCUGCACUUACUCGGCGCAGGAGAAGGAGAGGGAGGCCGCUCCGCAGGGGGGGGCACCCAAUGCCCCCUGGGGCACGCAGAGGAUCUCGACGCAGGAAUCGUGGGCCCAGCCAUACAACCCCUAUGCCAGCCUCAAGAUGCCCCACCAGGGCUCUCCACAACCCUUCCACUGGAAGAGCCAGCAGGAGGGCUGCUGCUGCUCCUGUUUCAGAAAAUGCUGCCCCUGCUGCUGCAGGAAAUGCCCCUGCAUCAUCUCCUAA